UCCGUUGUCUUUUGUACUGACUCACCCGUUGCGCUCUUCGUGGCCUUUGGCGUACAAGAAAUACUUGAAGCUCUCCUCCAAUUUGCUCGCUCUUGGCUGAAAGUAAAACUGUUACGCGCAUGCUCAAAUCUCUUCUUAGAGUAGCAAGGCCGCCUUGUCUUGCCCAAAGCUCAAUUACUCGUGCAGCAGCUCUUUGCACACGCUUCUCUUCGCCUUGUACGGCUCGCUUGUAUGCAACUGUGACGCUAAAUCCUUCAGCUCUGCUGAUUCCAAUGCGCACCCUUCAGGUCUCAAGCAAGGGAUGCUUAUGCGCUUAUCAAACAAGCUGAUCUCCAGGGUGGCAAGACCGAGCUGCCCGGACGCACAUUCGGGUAUUGGCUUCUCGGCACCGCUGGCCUAGUCU